UAUGCUCCCACAUAUUCCACCUCCAAAUCCCUUUCUUUGCUGGAUCCCCUGCUCUAACACCUAACCCCGCCGCACGCUUCGACUUGCUUGCCUGCCUAUAUUACUCUGCGCCUCAACGAUCGAUCUUAUGGCUUCACUAAUUCUCCCUGCGUAGACACUAGACAGCACAGCAGUUACAGACGCAUUACCUACAUAGGCGACGAUGAAGUUCGGUAAGCGGCUGAAGAAGCAGAUCGAGGAGAGCCUGCCGGAGUGGCGCGGCCAGUUCCUAAGCUACAAGGAGCUCAAGCGCCGCGUCAACGCCGUCCCCUCUCCGUCUCUCGCUGCCGCUGCCACCGCCGAGGCCGAGUUCCUCGCCCUCCUCGACGCCGAGGUCGAUAAGUUCAACGCCUUCUUCCUCGAGCAGGAGGAGGAGUUCAUCAUCAGGCAGAGGGAACUGCAGGAGAGGAUCGAGUGGGCGGCCGCUGCGAAGGCGGCGGCGCCGGAGGUCGAGCACGCGGCUGAGAUCGCCCGCCUGCGGAGGGAGGUGGUCGACUUCCACGGCGAGAUGGUGCUGCUCCUCAACUACAGCAGCAUCAACUACACGGGCCUGGCCAAGAUCCUCAAGAAGUACGACAAGCGCACCGGCGGCGUGCUCCGGCUGCCAGUCAUCGCCAACGUGCUGCAGCAGCCCUUCUUCACCACGGAGCUCAUUUCCAAGCUCGUCAAGGACUGCGAGGCCAUGAUGGAGGCCGUCUUCCCGCUCCCGCCGCAGCAGCUGGUGGAGCGUAAGACUCUCGCCGUCGCAGAGCAGAGCAUCUUCCGCAACACCGUUGCCGCGCUCCUCACCAUGCAGGAGGUGCGCAGCGGCAGCUCCACCUACGGCCACUUCUCCAUGCCGCCCAUGUCCCCAAUGGCGGAUUCCGACUGGCUGCUCCAGUCCUUCCAGCCGCCCUCGCCAUUGAUCCCCACGUAGUGACUGACGAUCAACUCGCACAUAAUUAAAGCAAUGUGUAAUUUCCUUUGUCAGGAAAUGCUCAA